CUUUCUAAUUCUUUUCUUCUUCCUCCUCCAAGUUUUUCCAAGAUUAACAACCACAGCUCUUUGUCUCUCCAUCUGUCUCACCCAAUUCAAGCUAGUCAAAAAGACCGCAUCUUUUUGUUUAUAAGCUAGUCACUUUUCGUUGAGAAAAGCACAGGUCUUGAUCAAGUUUGUGAGAGAAUUGAGGGAUUUUGAUUCGGGAAACUGGGUUUUUGUUGCAAGAGGUGAAGUGGGUUCUUGUGGGUUUUUUGCUGUUUGUGUAAGGAAAAGGGUUCAGAUUUGACAUAUUCAACAUGGCAAUUUCAUCAAAGUGUGGUUUGUACAUUUCUGGGGUAAAUGAGAUGAGUCUGCGCUCCAAAUUCACAGAAUCAAAUUCAAGAGCUUUUCCUGUUUUGGGUGUUGUUUUUUGGGGAAAACCCAUCUCAGAUCACAAGGGUUUGAAGAAUUUGAGGGUCAAGGCCCCGAGAAAUUUCUCUGUUCAUGCACAAGCAUCAAUCUGUGUAAGCAAAGCUAUGAAAUGGUGGGAGAAAACCCUAAAACCCAACAUGGUGGAGAUCCAUUCUGCUCAAGAACUCAUUGAUUCUUUGCAUAAUGCUGGUGAUAGAUUGGUUGUAGUGGAUUUUUACUCACCUGGUUGUGGAGGUUGUAGAGCUCUCCAUCCCAAGAUCUGUCAGCUGGCUGAACAGAACCCAGAUGCAAUUUUUCUUAAGGUUAACUAUGAGGAGCUCAAGUCUAUGUGCCAUGGUCUCCACAUUCAUGUGCUACCAUUCUUUAGGUUUUAUAGAGGCGCAGAAGGGCGAGUUUGUAGCUUCAGCUGCACCAAUGCCACUAUCAAGAAAUUCAAAGAUGCAUUAGCUAAAUAUGGGGCUGAGGGUUGUAGUCUUGGCCCAGCAAAAGGCUUAGAUGAGUCUGAGAUAUUACACUUAGCUGAGAUAGGUGAAAUAUCAGCAAGAUCUUCCCCACCAUCAACCCAAGAAGAGAGAGUGGAGGAGGAUUUGGUCAUGAAAAGCGUAGAUUUGUCUGGUGUUUGGAGCAAUGUAAUCCAUAACCAUGGCAUAGAACUCGAAGAAGAAGAAAGUGCCUUGCUGAAGGUUUGAAGAUUACAGUUUAGGCAUGUUGGAGUAAAGCAGCUCCAGUUUUGUCAUAUCAAUUUUUCUGCUUGAUGUUGUAUAUAUAUCAUUAUUAUUAGCCUAUUAGGUUUUCCAUAAGCAGGAGAGUUCAUAUCUUUUUUACAUUGAACCCUGCAAGUUUGGUUAAUCUGUUAUUGGAUUUGAGAGUGUAGUAAGAUCUGAUUGAGAGCUUAAUACAGAUCUAGAUUGUUACCCGUGUCAA